AUGGUCUCACUUUUUGGCCUAAACUUAUGCGACUUGGCCGGCGAGGCUGUGAAGCCAAAGCAGGAGAGGGAAUUGCAAAGAGAAUGGCUUCUCUUCUUUCCAUCAAUGACUUCCAUCGAUAUAAAAAUUGAAAGAAUUGUGACAAAAGGUCAAAGUAGUUCAAGAGGAGUUCAGGAAGAGGAGGAUGAAACUAGAGAGGCAUAUAACUUAUAUAAAGAUGCCUUUGCCUCUGAUGAAAGCGUUGACCACACUAUGUCUGAGGCAAGAGAUUAUGAAUUUGCUGAUUUAUUAGUAGAUGCAGAAACUCCUCUCUUCCCUGGUUGUACAACUUACACGAAGUUGUCAGCAAUCGUUACAUUAUACAAUUUCAAGUCUACAAAUGGUCACACUGACAAUAGUUUCAAUGAGCUCCUUAAGAUCUUAGGUGACAUGCUUCCAGAAAAAAACACACUUCCAAAGGAUGUUUACUCAAUGAGAAAGUUGUUAAAACCAUUUGAUUUAGGAUAUGAGAAGAUUCAUGCAUGCCCAAAUGAUUGUUGUCUAUUUAGAAAGGAGCUUAAAGAUUUGGACUUAUGUCCAAAGUGUGGUUCUUCAAGAUGGAAGGUAGACAAAGUCACCACCAAAGUUUGUAAAGGAGUUCCUGAAAAGGUGCUACGGUAUUUUCCUGUGAUACCAAGAUUGAAAAGGAUGUUUAAAUCAGAACAAAAGGCUGAAGACUUGAUUUGGCAUUCCAACCAUAAAAGUCAUGAUCAUAUGAUGCGUCAUCCAGUUGAUUCAAUAGCUUGGGAUACGAUAAAUCAUAAGUGGCCAGCUUUUGCAUCAGAUCCUAGAAAUCUCCGGCUUGGUCUUGCAACAGAUGGAUUCAACCCUUUUGGUGAUCUUAGUUCUAGAUAUAGUUGUUGGCCAGUUAUUUUAGUAAAUUACAACCUUCCUCCGUUGAUGUGCAUGGCGAAGGAAAAUCUUAUGUUGACAUUAUUGAUUCCAGGCCCGAAGCAACCAGGAAAUGAUAUAGAUGUAUACUUGGAACCCCUAGUGGAGGAUUUGAAGGAGUUAUGGGACAUUGGUGUGGAGACGUAUGAUGCAUUUAGCAAGUCAGUGUUCAAUAUGAAAGCUAUUUUGAUGUGGACAAUCAAUGAUUUUCCAGCUUAUGGAAACUUAGCUGGAUGUGCCACAAAAGGGAAAUUUGGUUGCCCAAUAUGUGGUGAAGGCAUAUCUUCUAUGUGGCUUAAGUAUAGUAGAAAGUUUGCAUAUUUAGGGCAUAGGAGAUUUCUUGCUCCUAAUCAUCCAUUCCGUCAGAAGAAGAAGUGGUUUGAUGGGAAUAAAGAGACAAAAGGAAAACCUAGGCCUCUGAAUGGAUUAGAAAUUCUUAAUGUAUUGAAAGACAUUGAAAAUGACUGGGGUAAAAAGAAAAUGGGUAAAGAUAUCAAUAAUACAAAGAAAAAGAGGAAGGAGCGUGAUGGUUCAAAAAAAGUUCAAAAACCAGUUCAAAUGUGGAAGAAGAAGUCAAUAUUUUUCAAUUUGCCAUACUGGAGUGGGCUCCUGCUACGUCAUAACUUAGAUGUUAUGCAUGUUGAAAAGAAUGUUUGCGAGAAUAUCAUAGAAGAACGAAAGCUUAUUGGGUUGAAAUCUCAUGAUUGUCAUGUUCUUAUGCAACAAUUGCUUUCAGUAGCAUUGAGAAGUCUUUUACCAAAAGGUCCACGUAAUGCUAUAUUUUUGCUUUGUGCAUUUUACAAUGAGUUAUGUCAAAGAGUGUUAGAUAGGAACCGUCUAGAACAACUCGAAGAGAAUAUUGCUGAAACUUUAUGCAUGUUGGAGAGGUACUUUCCACCAGCUUUCUUUACCAUCUCUGUUCAUUUGACAAUUCAUUUAGCAAGAGAGGCUCGCCUAUGUGGGCCAGUUCAAUUCCGCUGGAUGUAUCCAUUUGAAAGAUUUAUGAAAAUGCUUAAAGGCUAUGUGAAGAACCGAGCAAGGCCAGAGGGUUGCAUAGCUGAGUGUUACCUUGCAGAAGAACGAAUGCGAUUUUGUAGUGCUUAUAUAAAAAAAGCUGCUUGUAUUGGUCUCCGAUCUAAUCGAAAUGACGAUUUGGAAAAUGGAGUAGUGGAAGGUCACCCCAUUUCUCAAGGAAAAGAAAUUAUUUUAGAAGAACAUUUGUUACAAGCAGCACAUCGAUAUGUGUUGUUCAAUACUGCAGAAAUUGAUCCUUACAUACAGAUGCACAUUGAGGAGUUUAAACAAACAGAUCGUCGUUUCUCAAGUAAUGAAACACUGUUACAAAAACGACAUAUGGAAACAUUUGCUCAAUGGUUAUCAAAACAUGUUCUUGAUAACUCUUCAGAUCAGAUUCAAUGGCUAGCACAUGGUCCAAGAAAGCAUGUUAUAUCAUAUACAAGUUAUAUUAUAAAUGGACAUCGGUUCCACACAAUUGAUGUUGGAAGGUCGACACAAGAUAGUGGUGUUUCAGUUGAAGCUGAUACUAUUUGGCAAUCUAGUUCUACUGAUUCACAUACAGUAGGAAGACAAUCGUACUAUGGGGUUAUACGAGAUAUUGUGUUACUAGACUAUUAUUUUUUCAAAGUACCUAUUUUUAGGUGUGAUUGGGCUAAUCUUGGAACUGGUAUCAAAAUGGAUAAUGGUUUUACACUUGUCAACUUACACCAAGGACUAAGGACUUUUGAAAAUGAUCCUUUCAUUUUAGCAUCACAAGCAAAGCAAGUUUUCUAUUCUAGGGAAAAUGAUGAAUCAAAUUGGUAUGUGUUGCUAAAAGCACCACCUCGAGGUAUUUAUAACAUGGAUUUGCUUGAAGAGGAUGCAUAUACAUCAUCAAAACCUCUUGAUGUGUCUAGACUUGAGAUUAACAUUACUGAGAAAGAACCAUAUUCCAGAAAUGAGUGUGAGGGAAUUGAUGUUAUUGAUAUCCCAUGA